CACAUUAUCGGUGGAGGCUGCAGCUGCGACAGCGGAGCGAUGAGGCAGAAGCGGAAAGGAGACCUCAGCCCUGCUGAGCUAAUGAUGCUGACCAUAGGAGAUGUUAUUAAACAACUAAUUGAAGCCCACGAACAGGGAAAAGACAUCGAUUUAAAUAAGGUGAAAACCAAGACAGCUGCCAAAUACGGCCUUUCAGCACAGCCUCGCCUGGUGGAUAUCAUUGCCGCAGUCCCACCUCAGUAUCGAAAGGUUUUGGUCCCCAAGUUAAAGGCAAAACCCAUCAGAACUGCCAGUGGGAUUGCUGUUGUAGCUGUGAUGUGCAAACCCCACAGAUGUCCACACAUUAGUUUUACAGGAAAUAUUUGUGUAUACUGCCCUGGUGGACCUGAUUCAGAUUUUGAGUACUCAACCCAGUCUUAUACUGGAUAUGAGCCAACCUCCAUGCGAGCUAUUCGUGCUAGAUAUGACCCUUAUAUACAGACAAGACACCGCAUAGAGCAGUUGAAACAGCUUGGUCACAGUGUGGAUAAAGUGGAGUUUAUUGUGAUGGGUGGAACAUUUAUGGCCCUUCCUGAAGAAUACAGAGAUUAUUUUAUACGCAACUUGCAUGAUGCCUUGUCAGGACAUACCUCUAACAAUAUUUACGAGGCAGUCAAGUAUUCUGAGAGGAGCCUCACAAAGUGUAUUGGAAUUACUAUUGAGACCAGACCUGAUUAUUGCAUGAAGCGGCAUUUAAGUGACAUGCUGACGUAUGGCUGUACAAGGCUGGAGAUUGGGGUGCAGAGUGUCUACGAAGAUGUGGCCAGAGACACCAACAGGGGCCACACUGUGAAGGCAGUAUGUGAGUCAUUUCACCUGGCCAAAGAUUCAGGUUUCAAAGUUGUGGCUCAUAUGAUGCCUGAUCUGCCAAACGUGGGACUCGAGAGAGACAUUGAUCAGUUUAUAGAGUUUUUUGAGAACCCUGCAUUUCGUCCCGAUGGUUUAAAACUUUACCCUACCCUGGUGAUUCGUGGAACUGGGCUUUAUGAGCUGUGGAAAUCAGGACGCUAUAAGAGUUAUUCGCCUAGUGACCUGAUUGAAUUGGUGGCUCGGAUCCUUGCCCUUGUGCCGCCAUGGACUCGAGUGUACCGAGUGCAGAGAGAUAUUCCAAUGCCCUUAGUCAGCUCAGGAGUCGAGCAUGGUAAUUUGAGAGAGCUGGCAUUCGCAAGAAUGAAAGACCUUGGAAUACAGUGUCGAGAUGUAAGAACCAGAGAAGUUGGAAUUCAAGAAAUUCAUCACAAAGUACGGCCAUAUCAGGUUGAAUUGGUAAGGAGAGAUUAUGUUGCAAAUGGUGGCUGGGAGACAUUCUUAUCAUAUGAAGACCCAGAUCAAGACAUUUUGAUUGGCCUCCUGCGGUUACGGAAGUGUUCAGAGGAAACCUUCCGUUUUGAAUUGGUUGGAGGUGUUUCCAUAGUCCGAGAGCUGCAUGUGUAUGGGAGUGUAGUCCCUGUGAGCAGUCGGGAUCCUACUAAGUUUCAGCAUCAGGGAUUUGGCAUGCUGCUGAUGGAGGAAGCAGAAAGAAUAGCUAGAGAAGAACAUGGGUCUGGGAAAAUAGCUGUUAUAUCAGGGGUUGGCACCAGGAAUUACUACAGAAAGAUUGGCUACCGGUUACAAGGCCCAUACAUGGUGAAGACACUAAAAUAUUAGCCCAAUAGUCCACCUUGAUGCAGUGUUUCUGGCAGGAGGUGAAUAUUCAACGGAGAGGCUGAGCAAAGCAAAUGGACCUACCCUGUCCCCUUGGCGAGAAGCUUCACCCUCAUCCUGCAGCUGCGGAGACUGGAAACUGCCCUCAGGGCACGACCGGGCGUCUGGUGACCAAGCAUGGAGCCUCUGGCGCUCGGCACGCCUGUGCCCCGACCUGUGUGUUCUCAAGAAGUCACUCCAGUUUUCAAGGCUAAGUCAUGUACCCAGUUCCUAAAUUCUGCAUGCGGCCAGCAGGUGACUUACUCAGACUGACAAAAGCAAUUUAGUCAACUCAAUUGGGUACCAUAAUUCAUGAAAUAAAACUAGGUGGUGGUUAGGAGCAAAGUUAGGAGAAACUUAUUUAGAUGGUAUAAUGACAAAAGAGCAGGUUGAACACAUAAAAACUGACCUGAUUUUGAACUCUGGACUUGAACACAGAAGCAUUCCAGCACACGAAAAUGAGCUUUCGUUUUAUUGCAAGUCAUUCUGGUUUCUGUAAUGUUUGCAGUAACUGUGUGAUGGAGAGAGGAGUUGACAUAUGUUUAUGUUUCAAACUUGAAACCAGCCCUUUCAUUCCACGGUGGGCCGUUACGAACGUCCUCAGUUUCAGUUUUCUGUCUGUACUUCCUACUCUCCUUACAGCUGCAGCCCCGUGUGGGCAGCACGUGGCCCAGAGCAACGACUGGCUUCCCCUUUGUCUCCUGAGCAGGCGGAGCCGGGCAUGCAUGUGUCUCGGGUGGUGUGGCCCUAAGUGAAGAUGCGCUCCCACGGGAGCUGUUUUCUGCAUUUUAAUUCUUUAAGAUGAAUUUCGGUUUGUUUUAAAUGAAUGAAGAUAAGAGUUUAACUCAUCUGAAAGCAAAAAUAAAAAAUGGUAAUGCAAAACAGGCCCAAAUCUAAAGAUAGGAAAAAGAUUGGCUUCUCCCGGCCUCACCUUGUUGAACUGUCUCAUAAGUUCCAGGUUAUCUAAGGAGACUCCGCCUGGAGAGGGUCAGUUCAUGAGAGCAAGGCUGAACCCUGUGCCCCUCGGCCUCUGUGGCAUUUUACAAGCUUUAUUAAAUGGGAUUGAUUCUUCUAAAAGGUACAAAAAAUAAAACCAACAAACAAAGAAGAAUCAUGUAAGGGGUUUCCUCUCCCUGGAAAUGCAAUGACAUUUGCCAUGAAUUUACAGGGUUGAGUUUCCAGCCUGUGACACUGUUCACUUCCCCCUGGGUGCCGUCCACCGUGUCAUUCAACUGCCACGAGGCAAAUGGCACUGCCUUCUAGUGGGCUCUGUGGAGCCAGAGGCUUUCCAUGAGCGUAGUUUAGGGAAUUUAGCUGCUUCUCAAUUACGUGUGUGUUUCCUUUCAAAAUAAAACUGUUAAACCAA